UUUUUUGUCAACCCACCGUUCAACGUGACGAUGAAGAAAAAGAAGAAGCCAACCCGUCGUUCAAAUCUCUGUCAUCCGUCGGUCCUCAAGAUUAACCCCAAACCUGCGGUUAGGAUGUCGCUGCCAGAUUCUCUCCCGUCGUCUUCCUCUUCUCCGCCUGUGACCCGCGAAGAAGGCGGUUAUAUUCGUUUUGAACACGGCCAAGACAACGGUUUUGAUCAUCGUGAUCGACCGCCAUGGAAUCGCUCCGAGUACGAUUACCGCCACGGGAGCAUUGUUGCAUCGGAGAACGCCAGGAACAGUUCGAAUUCGGAAGAUCCUUGGUCCUGCGUUGUCGUCGUCGCUACCUUCUGCGUCUUCGUGUCGAUGACUUUGGUUUUGGGGCUUUACGGAACAACGAACGUAUGGCUGGGACCAAACUCUUCGUUCCUUAUCAAGCCAACCUCAGUAUUCGUCCAAAAUGUGGAAGAAUUAGGGAACAAGGGAUCCGGUAUGAUGCUCUACGGAUUGAACCAACCCCCACAGCUCGACGUUCUGGCCAAUUGGUCUGAAGUCCACUAUUUAGCUGUGCCAAAUGAUUCUUACAAGUAUUGGAUACAGUAUCUGAACAAGGGGUCGCGAGUUAAAGUUGAAUAUAAUGUUGAAUCUCUCGGUUCUUCCCUCUAUCUUGUGAUAGCCCAAGGUGUGGAUGGGCUCGCUGAGUGGGUUCAAGACCCUACGCGUCCAGACACGACAUUAUCAUGGCAUCUAAUCUCUGAUAGUGGUUUCAUUGAGCAGGACAUAACUAAAUCGUCGAGUUAUUACGUUGCAGUGGGCAACGUAUACCUGAAUGAAGUGAAGGCUUCAAUUGACAUUCAAGUUGAGGCAGUAUUGUAUGAUACUACAAAUGCUUAUUACAAUUGCACUUUCCCUAAUGACAAGUGCACUUUAAGGGUUCCUUUAUUUGGAACUAAUGCUGCUGUACUAACCUCACCAGGUCCAAAGCUGAACAAUUCUAAGAAUGAAUUCUGCGCAAAGCUCUCGUACGAGCCAAGGUGGAUUGCAUACAUAGUUUGCAUGGGUGUGGUGACAGCACUCUUGUUGAUUGUCUCUAGUCUCUUCCAUAAAAGGCAACCAGUCUCUGAUGACGAAACCAUUGAUGAAAAUGAUGACGUAGCCCCUCUUAUUCCGGGAAAAGACGAUGAUAACUCGAGCUGGUGCUCGUCCUACAGUUCUAUCUUGACAAGUACUGAGGAAUUGGAAGGUGCACACGGUGAAGCCUACAGUAGUACAAGAUAUCUCUGUGCUAUUUGCUUUGAUGCGCCCAGAGACUGUUUCUUCCUCUCUUGUGGACACUGCGUUGCUUGCUUCCAAUGCGGGACACGGAUAUCUGAAACUUCGGGUUUUUGCCCGGUGUGUCGUAGGAAGAUCAGGAAGGUGAAGAAGAUCUUUAACAAAAUCACAUUAGCAGAUUAUAUAGUGCCGAUGCUGAACCGAUCUUCUUCGAGGAGCCUGCGUGCUAGGUUUUCUCCGCGUUCUUCCUUGUCUAUCUCUAGAUCUAAGCAGCUGAUUCCUGGAACCAUGAUGUCCUUCGAAAUGAAUGAUCGGAAAAAAAUUGGGUUAGGGCUGACAGCAUUUGGCGUAUUUUUCUCGUUUUUGGGGAUAGUCUUUGUCUUUGAUAAAGGAUUACUUGCCAUGGGAAAUAUUCUAUUCAUCUCUGGGGUUAGUCUAACCAUUGGGCUCAAGUCUACCAUGCAGUUUUUCAUGAAGCGUCAAAACUAUAAGGGAACAAUUUCUUUUGGGGUCGGCUUCUUCUUUGUAGUCAUUGGAUGGCCUAUCCUGGGAAUGAUGCUGGAGACAUAUGGCUUUUUUGUGCUCUUCAGCGGCUUCUGGCCAACCUUGGCAGUUUUUGCUCAAAAGAUACCCGUUCUCAGUUGGAUCAUUCAGCAACCAUAUAUAAGAUCGUUCUUUGACAAGUACCGGGGCAAGCGUGUGCCUGUCUAGUCUCCGCCCAACUCGAGAGAGGAUUCACUGAGCCAGAUGCAGCGGAACAAGUAAUUAAAUAGUCUUUGGAAGAAGAAGUUGGUAUGCUUGUCGACAACUCCUGUAGAAAACUAAACCCCAUAGGUGAAAGAAAAUAGCGUGGAGCAAAACAUACGACUCGAAGAUGUGUGUGUCUGUGUACUUGCAAACUCAGUGACUUAGACUUGUUGACGGGUUUGUAAUCGUUUUGGUUUAAGAUUUGUAGUUUUUAUUUUGGUUUUCGAAAUCUUCCCAUUUGUUUGCAUACAUUACAAAAUUGUUCACCACACCGAGAUUUGAGGGUCUCUUGGAAGUUGCGAGUUUUUGGGACCGUUGCGCUUAUCCUCUCGCGUGACAUGUGCAUUGUUGAAAUCCCUUUAUCACUCUCUCUCGUUUGUUUCCCCCGAAAAAAAAGAAGAUGGAAUCGUCUUUUCUAGCCGUUGAGCUUGAAAUUGAAUCAUCAUCACUCUGGUUCUUCUCAUCGUCGCCUUUUUCUUUUUAACCUAUUUUUGUCUUCUUAUCCCCAACGAACUUUUUCCCGUUUUGAUCUGAUUGCUACGGAUCUCCGGUGAAGCAAAACACUGGAGAUGAAGUCAUCGAGGAUGAAGUUUGCAAAGAAGUUGAAAUCGAUUAAAGCCGGGGAGUAUCUGAAUCAGGAUCGGAUUCUCCAGGUGCUUUCAGCUGCUGAUGGGAUCUCCGAAUUUCUUCCCAGGAUAUCUAAUCCUGUUUCCCAGUUAACAGCAGGUUCUAUGUGGAGAUCCCCUCAAAGGCUUGAAGAUCAAAUUGCCGAUGUAACGGAAAACGAGAAAGGAGGAGGAGAAGCUUCUGGAAGUCUCGUCGGCGAUGAGGAGAACGUUCGGCCGCCGGUGAACCAAAUUCCGAGAGUUUUGAGUGACCAUAGUAAAUCGGCAGUUUCAUGCGGAUCCGAUGCAGGUAUCGGCAGGAAGAGUUUCGGAUCUGGAUUCAGAAGACCUGAAUUGAAUUCGAGCACACUUUUCGAUCCGAAGCUGCUCGAAGCGUUUGAAUUAGCUGUGGUGUGCUUUAGAAGGAUAAACGAUUUAUCCCGAGAAUCCAGAGUCGAUGGUGAUGAAGAAGACGAUAUCGUCUUUCCCGCCGAUGUAAGCGAAAUCGAGGAAGAGAGCACCGAAAAAAACCAGAAUAACCUUCCGCCCGUGAUAGGCGUCGAAGAAGAUGAACGGAGAGACGAAAAAGUCCUUCGCAAUGACGCCAAGCAAGGAGAAGGAGGUUACCGAAAAGACUAUGAUACCCUUCAGAUAGUAAGCGCGAUCACGGAAGAAGUCGGAGUGGAGAAAAGAAUCAUCGGAGAAGACGCGACUGGAAAAGAGGGGAACAUCCUUGUGGACCCGUUAUUGGGAUUUGAUGAGCGGUGUCCUCCGGGAGGUAGGGAGUCCGUUGUUUUCUACACAACGACUCUUAGGGGAAUCAGAAAAACAUUCGACGACUGCAACAUGAUCCGGUUUCUGCUGGAUAGCUUUAAGGUCAAGUACUACGAGAGGGACGUGUCGAUGCACAGACAGUACAGGGAAGAGCUCCGGAGAAUUUCAGCGGCGGAGGAAACGGAUGUUUUGCCUCCGGUUUUGUUCGUGAAGGGAAGGUGCAUAGGCGGAGCCCCGAGGGUAUUGGGUCUGCACGAGCAAGGGAAGUUUAGGGCUUUGUUUGAGGGCAUUCCAAUCGCCGGAGAGAAACGUUGCCAGCGGUGCGAUGGGUUCAGGUUUUUGAUGUGUGAUGGAUGCAGAGGUAGUCGCCGGAUUGUCUCUGGUGAUGGAUCCAGGAUUCAGUGUUUGUUAUGUAACGAGAAUGGGUUAAUCGUGUGCGUUGAUUGCUCCUAAGACCAUUUUUUUCUUCUGUGUAUAUAUAUAUAUAUAUAUAUACACAAUUUGAUUAGGUUUACUCAUUCUUUUUAAGUGCUAUAGCGAUAUUUUUAUAUCAUAUGGGAUCGGUUUGAUUUUGGUUCUGUGUCCACUUCAAGUUGGGUAGGAUUGGCCUCACUGGUAUCAUUUUCUA